AUGGCAAUCGAUGGUCCUCGCCCUGCAUCGGGUCCUCGCCCUGCAUCAGGCGACGGCAAGCUUGCAAUGAAUUUGGAAGAGUUCAAGGUAUGGCUACAAAGGCACUUUGAUACUGACAACGACGGCCGAAUUAGCCAAGAAGAACUGCGGGAGGCCAUCCGUGCAAAGGGAGGCUGGUUCACCAGAUGGAAGAGUAAGAAGGCAAUGAAGCGUGCAGACAAGGAUGGCAAUGGAUUCAUUGACGAGGACGAAAUCGACAACCUCAAAGACUUUGCUCUGAAGCAUCUUGAAGGGAAGAAUGGAGUAACUGUUUUCCUGAUAAAGCCAAUAGAUGGGAAGGCUUGA